AUGGGCUCCCGACUAGAAAAGAACUCGACGCUGGUGCGAAAGCGCAUCGAAGGCCACACCUUCAGCGACGAGCAAGGCGAGGAAUAUGAAGCCUCCAAGUUUGGCGGUUUCGCCGACUAUAUGCGAAGGAAAAAGAUCAAGCUACAGAAUCUAGAUGUCGAAAUACGUGCCAAUUCCUCUGACAAGCCACCCAUCUUCCGCGGCGUUGUCGUCCAUGUUAAUGGCUACACCCAACCGUCGCUGCGCGACCUACACACCCUCGUCGUUUCUCAUGGCGGCGGUUUCCUUCAAUACCUCGAUGGCAAGACUGCCGUCACUCACGUUAUUGCAAGCCAUCUGACUCCCAAGAAGACGGUCGAGUUCGCGCGAUACCGCAUCGUCAAACCGGCCUGGGUGGUCGAUAGUGUGCAGGCGGGGAGACUGUUACCGUGGGAUGGCUAUCGGUUGGUGGAUGAAGGGGUCACCCAGAAGGUGUUGAGUUUCGAGAGUGGCCAGAUCACCAGCCAGGUCAAUACUCAACAGAGCAGAUACAAGGAUCAAACCGAGAGAAGUUCGAGCCCUUUUCAAUUUCCCACAGGAGAACAGCAUCCAACUGGAAUCAAUGAAUAUAAUACCCAAGUUCAGCAGACAAAUGACACCAUCUCUGACAAGGAAGUCGAUUCCGCACUUCCCAUCCGCGGACAUGAACAGGAGACGAAUGGCGAUGUUGCCAUACCACCUGGAAUUGCUGCAGCAUUCCAUCUCGACGGUGGCGUGGAGGUUUCCACAAACGACAUCGCUAACCUCCAACAAAAGUCUCCUGAGCUGGUUCAACCAGCAAACACUCUACUAGGUGACCCUCCAAUGCCCGAAAAGCGCCAGUUGACGGCCGAAGAGCACAAUGCUGUUCUCCUCUCCAAUCCUCAUAUGGCCAAAUCGAGUACUGCGAACCCGGACUUCAUCAACCAAUACUACCGCGAAUCCAGGUUGCAUCACUUAUCCACCUGGAAGGCAGAACUAAAAGCACAGCUGCAGGCCCGCACCCAAGAGAAGCUUUCCUCCCAGAAAAGCAGACUCAGAAGAGCACCAGGUGCAAGGAGAUACAUCCUACAUGUCGAUUUCGACAGCUUCUUCGCUGCUGUAUCCUUGCGUAAACAUCCUCACUUGCUUGACAAACCUGUGGUGAUUGCGCAUGGUAGCGGACCAGGGUCCGAGAUUGCGAGUUGCAACUAUCCCGCUAGGAAAUACGGCAUCAAGAACGGUAUGUGGAUGAAGUCUGCCUUGGGGCUGUGCCCUGAUCUCAAAAUUCUACCAUAUGACUUCAAGGCCUACGAAGAGGCCAGUCGUCACUUUUACGAUUCUAUCCUGGAGGUUGAUGGUGUGGUUCAGAGUAUAAGUAUAGAUGAGGCUUUGCUGGACGUCAGUGAGCAAUGUCUCAAGAUCGGCGGGUCAGAUGGAAGGGGUCUUUCGGAGGGUUCAAUAUACCGUGAGCAAGAAGCUGCGCAGCGUCUCGCACAGGAGUUACGUGCGUCUGUGAAAGAAAGGACAGGCUGCGACGUCUCAGUUGGUAUAGGCGGUAAUAUCCUGCUCGCCAAAGUCGCCCUACGCAAGGCCAAACCGGCUGGACAACACCUGAUUAAGCCAGAAGAGGUCCUGGAUUUUCUAGGCGAUCUGACAGUUACGGAUCUGCCCGGCGUUGCAUGGAGUAUUGGGAACAAAUUGGAAGAAAUCGGGAUCAAAUUCGUCAAGGAUAUUAGAGCCUGCACCAAAGAGAAACUCAUCACCACCUUGGGUCCCAAAACUGGCGAGAAGAUAUGGGACUACUCCCGAGGCAUCGACAAACAGGAAGUCGGUGACCAGGUUGUCCGGAAGUCGGUGUCGGCCGAGAUCAACUGGGGAAUUCGCUUCGUCAAUCAGCAACAAGCAGAAGAGUUUGUUCAGAGUCUCUGUGAGGAACUGUCGAGGCGGCUUCUGGAGCAACUGGUCAAAGGCCGUCAAUUGACCAUGAAGAUCAUGCGCAAAGCUGCGGAUGCUGGUCUGGAUCCUCCCAAGAAUCUGGGUCAUGGCAAGUGUGACACUUUCAACAAGAGCGUUGUUCUUGGAGUUGCCACGAACGACGCAAAUAUCCUGGGAAGGGAAGCAAUCUCCAUUCUGCGUGGUUAUGGCUUCCCACCUGGAGAGCUACGAGGCUUGGGUGUGCAAAUGCAGAAACUGGAGCCGCUGAAGCCGUCCACCACCAGCACAGGCGGCUUUAUGGAUGGUAGCCAGCGUAGGCUGCAGUUCAAGAAACCUGGCACACAGACUUCGACAUCCCCCAGACUGACAGACGAGAACAGGCAGAGUCCACUACCCAAGCAGACGCCGAUGUCUAAAGAGGCGAUUGAUCCUAUCGAAGAAGUCUCAACUCCCGAGAAGCCGAAACCGGGUCAAGUCAUUCCUGGUGCUACUGAUACCAUUUUCAUGACAGGCGAAGAGAGCUCUGCUCAGAAGCCACUGAAUAUCAGCGGCACACAAUUCAUGCUCCCCUCUCAGAUUGAUCCCACCGUACUGGCAGAACUACCAGCGGAUAUCAGGAACAAACUUGCGCCAAAGCAAAAGAGCAUCUUGGACAUUAUGAGCACUUCGACUCGUGCAAUGUCACCUUCGAAUGAGCCUCUGUCGCGCUCAGUCUCACCAUUCGUGAGUGACAGUGAAGCUGCAAUACCGAGUCAGAGUCAACUUGAUCCCGAAGCUCUUGCAGCCCUCCCACCAGAUGUCAGGGAUGAAGUGCUAGCCCAGUACAGACAUCGGGACAAAAGAGAAAAGCCACCAGCGCAGCAAAGUGUGCUACCUCAAUCCCCUCACAAACCCAGGACAUCGGGUCAAGGGAAGAAGCUAGUUGUGACGCCAACCAAAAAGCCGAAGACGGCUUCAAUGUUCGGCAAGGCUACUUCGAAGCGCGGCGGCGAGUCUUCGUCGACUCUCACACAGUCCAAUUUCGUGUCCAUGCCCAAGAUGAAUGUGCACCAACCACAGCCACAUUCCCACAUGGCUGAAGAAAUAUCCGAGUCUUUUCUGAACGAGCUGCCCGAAGACAUUCGCCUGGAAAUCCUGGCAGAACAGAAGAGAAAUCGAAUGAAAGCCAAAUCUGGCCUGAACUUCGACGUGCAUAGGAAAAAGACCAAGAGUACUAAUACUCAAGCAGAAGCUACGGCACGAGGGCAACAGAAGAUCCAAUUGGGAAACAGACCAGAUAAGCCAACGUUCACUUCCCAAAGGCUGAGUUCCCUGCCGGAGUUGCGGGACGCCAUCUCGGCUUGGGUGCGAGAGCUCUCCGUGGAUGGCGAAGAACCCGACAUGGAGGAUGUGACGGCGCUCUGUGAAUAUCUGAGCAAGGUCGUCUCUGUUGAGCGGGACAUGGCGAAGGCUGUCGCUGUGGUCAAUUGGUUUGGGUUAGUGAUAGAGUAUGAGAACUUUGGGAGGGACGAGACGCGCGGGUCGUGGGAGAAAGCGCUGGCUGCUCUGAAAAGAGACGUGCAGAAAGCUGUUGUGGACAGAGGCCUGCCUGCGGUGGUGUUUGAAUACUAA